AUGACUAUGACUAUGACAACUUGUCCUGUUGCGCGCGUGCAGGGCGGCGCAGGCGGCGAAGCUGCGGGUGGCGCGGCGCAGGAGAGGCACAACGUGCGCAUCGUGGGGACAGGUAUGUGGACGCAUGUGCUGGAAUCAUUUGACACCGCUCUGUACCGCAUUGUGCUUUACGACCUCACUGGUGCCGUAGGGUAUGCUCCUCUGCCCUCUCUCUCUCGCCCCACCCACCCACCCGCCAUUCCCUCUCCUGGCUUGGUUUCACGUCCCUCAUACUCUUUCGACCCUCUCUCCUCGCCCCUUUCCCUUACUCCCGUUUCUAGUCCCUCUCGCUGCCCACCCCUCUUCACUCCAUCACCCCACAUGGCGAUGGCCCCACCCUCCCCACGUGGAGUCACUUCCAGGGACUACGUGGCAGCAGGGCUGUGCAGCGUCCAGCUCUUCCUCUACUCGCCAGAUCUUCGCACCUGCAGCAGGCACAGGUCGGAUCUGGUAGAUGCAGUGCAGCUGCUGUGUUGUGGGAGGGACAGCAGCGGUGUCCCUCUGGUGGGGGCUGCCAGGAAGGCGCCGUGGAGCGUGGCGCUGUUUGGUGCUCCCAGCGACGGCAGAACCAACAAGCGCCGUGUCGUAGAGACCGAGUUUUUAGUGGAGCGCGAGUUUGAUCUGGCGCUGGAGGUGAUCGACUUCCUGCACCUGCAAGCCGUGCAGAUCUAUGCCAGCGUGGCAGCCUCGCUGGCGGAGAAGCAGCAGCACCGCGUGCUGUUUGAAGGGCUCAUGGACCGGAUCAAGUACAUGCUGCCACCUGCUGACAUGGAUGAGGUUCUCUUCAACGUGGCAUGUCGCAGGCUACGCCUGGCCUUUCAGAUCGCCACGGGGCACUCCCAGCCUCAAGGUGGCCAGGGGGGUGUGCCUGCUACUGCCAGCACCACCAGCAGCAGCAGCACUGGCAGCGGCAGCAGCAGCCAUGGUGGAGGGGGGUUUGGGCCGGUGUACCCUUUUCAGAGUCGAACGAUGAAGUGUGAAACGCACCUAAGGUUCGGGAGCACUGCUGGGAGUGGCUGGCGGCUCGGGGCGUUGUGA